AGACUCUGCUGCUAAGGAAGGGCAGGGUCUAGGGCAGUGCCUUUAGCAGCUGAUACUGCGCAUGCUCAGUGCGAGCCCAGCCAGCGCUGCAGUCCGGGCUGGUGUUUGUAGGAGACCCAGGAAGGGGCUGGAGCAGCUGGGGGCGGAGGCAAGAAAAUCCUCCAGCAGCUCCGGGCUGUGCAAUACAAGGCGCUGCUCCCCGCAGGGGGUCUGUGCUGGGGGGGCGUCAUUAACCCCUCCCUGCCUGGCCGUGGGGGACGAUUCCCAAUUGGGAGCAGCCCCGGGCCGGAGCCUGCAGAGUUUCCAAAUCUGAUGUGAUCUUCCAGCUACAAAGCUAGAAUGAGGAGCGGAGCCAUGGAUCAGAGAUCUCAGGAUCCAGAAGAAAGACAGUUCAUGGAAUUUGCCUGCAUAGAUGUUGGGAUGGUGAUUCAGAAUGAGAACCAGAAUCCUCAGCAGAAGGAUGUUAAGCAAGUGGAAACGCAUGUAACGUUAUUGCAAGGAUCCAAAGGGAAUGUGUUCAUGAGUCAUGAGUAGGAAAACGCCAGUGAGCGUCAGCACAAGCCAGAGAUGCAGCAGGAAAACCAACAAGGUGAGAGAGUGGGUAAAUCCAUCAGUUGUUGGGAAACUCAAAAAGACCUCCAUGAAACCCCAGCCCAGCAGAGAAACCUCAUGGAAGAGAGAAAAAACUCAUAUAUUGAGUGUGGGGAAAACUUCAGUAACCGCUCAGGCCUUAUUAAUCAUGAGAGAAUCCACACAGGGGAGAGACUUUAUGAAUGUGAUGAGUGCGGGAAAAGCUUUAGUCAGAGCUCACACCUUAUAAGACAUCAGAGAAUGCAUACGGGAGAGCGACCGCAUGAAUGCAGUGAGUGCGGGAAAACCUUCAGUAAUCGCUCAGAUCUUAUUACACAUCAGAGAAUGCACAUGGGAGAGAGACCCUAUGAAUGCUGUGAGUGCGGGAAAACCUUCACACAGAGCUCACACCGCAUUCGACAUCAGAGAAUCCACACAGCAGAGAAACCCUAUAAAUGCUGUGAGUGCGGCAAAAGCUUUGCUGACAGUUCAGCCCUUACUAAUCAUCAGAGAAUUCACACAGGAGAGAGACCCUAUAAAUGCUUUGAGUGUGGGAAAAACUUCAUUGAUGGCUCGGCCUUUAUGAAACAUCAGAGAAUGCACAUGAACGAAAGACCCUAUGAAUGCUGCAAGUGUGGGAAAAACUUCAGUGUGAGCUUGGCCCUUAUUAGACAUCAAAGGAUCCACACAGAAGAGAGACCGUAUAGAUGUUCUGAAUGUGGGAAAGGCUUCCAUCAGCGCUCAGCCCUUAUUUAUCAUCAGAGAAUCUGCAAGAGGGAUAAACACCAUCAAAAUCUUGUCUAGGGCUAAAAAAAUGUUUUCUUUAAUCAUUUUCCUAAUUUCCACAUAGUGAAUUUUAAGGCUGUUGGCACCAUUUGAUUCACUGUGGUCCCGCAGUGAGUUGUGUACCUUGUAUCAGGAAUCCCCACCAACCCCAGCUGGGAGAGAUGGGUGACCUUGUCUAGCCACAUCAAGUUAAAAUGUACCUGGCCUCAUCUCUACUAGGAUUUUCCAUUGCGUUAGCUCAGUUGGGUUAGCUGUCCUGAUGUAAAACCACAACUAUUCUUGCAGUAAAGAUAUAGCCCCAUAUAUAGUGCCCAGGAUUAUGUAGCACAUUUCCUCAUGACCUGACCUAACUUCCAUCAUUUUUCCUAGUCUAAACAGACCUGGAGCACAUAUUUCUACUCUUCUUCCCACUGCAAAGCAGUCUAUUAAAGUCACCAAGUUCCCCUUUUGGGCAAAAAUUGUCUCAUUCUCAGUUGUCCUCAUGUUGCCCUGUUGGUUGUUGAACAGCUGUUAUUUUUAGUACCAUUUUUCUCGUUUAAAAUAGAUGUAAAUAUAACACAGGGCAGGGGCAUGGAAAAUAUGUCAUUUCAGGCUCUGUGACACCAGAAGGAAAUGGGGUGAGUCAAAGGAAUUCCCUCCUUCCCCAUCACCCCAGCAGUGUUACCUUCUGUCUGAUCCUUGUGGAGUUUAUCUUCUUCACAUUCUGCAGAGUGUCAGUUGAUGCAAUAUUCUCCACUCUCUGUGCUAUGAUUUCUUUGAUCCUAAAUCAGACUCUCUGGAGCUGGAGAUGAAAGUGUCACAGACUUUAAAGGAGACUUUAAAUUGAUCUGAAAUUCGGUGUGAUCAUUCGGAAUUUAAAUCCCACUUUUCCUUUAUUAGCAAAGCCACUUUUAGGGCUGAGUUGGAAUUGUUUCCAGAUGGGAAGAUUGGCUAUUUUUUCCCCAUUACGAGGCUAAAACUUUCAUAAAUAACAUGACUCAAUAAUAAUGAGACAGUGCUGAGUGAAGCAGGUUUGAACGGAUCAGAGGAGAAUGAGAUGGGAGAAUCUGUGGUCCUGAUUCUGAGUCAUCAGAUAUAAGCUGCUCUGAAAUUUCACUUAAUAUAAAACUGGAAGUGUUGCAUUCCUCUUUGUGAUGUGGGUUUUUCUCUUUCCUGGAGGCCGUUUGGUCAUAUCACUAGAUAUUAAUUUUGUUUGACAGAAUGUAGCUCAGAAUUAUGGGGGACUUAUAACCAUUUGCUAAAAUUGUUUUUUACUUUCUUUUUGUUCUUCCCCCCAUCUCUUCAUGAUCACAUGGAGAAAGUUUAAGUGUAGCUCAGUCAAUCAGAGAGAAUAGUCCAAGUUAUUGGAUACGCUAUCAAGGAAACAGUUGUGUUUAAAUCUCAGCUUUCAAACUGAACCACAGCACAACUCAAAUUGUGUAACUAACUGAAGUAAAUGGAUAUGAUCACAACUGUAUUUAACUAUUUAGGUCAAUAUUGUUUCAAUGAUCUGGAGAGAGACUUCCAUAGUAAGUAACUUGAAAAUAGGCAAAAUGCACAUGUAUUUGGUUCCCAAUGAGUUGUGACCCAUGCCCUAUAGGAGGUUACUCCUGAAAAUAUCUCCUAGUUCAUCCUCUGAUUUGGGAAAUGCUGCCCUGAACUGUGCAGAUAAGGAGGAAAUAGAAGUGUUUUUGCUGAACUCAUCUGUUCUCAUCGCUGCAAAUGUGUAUAACAUGAAAUCAGUAUUGAAUGUUAACUGACAGAAAUUCUGAUCCAGGUCUGUAUCAAGUUUCUAAUUGAGGCCUGUACCACCUGAUUAAAAAUAAAUUAACUGGGCAUGUUUAGGGAAGCUAUUCCUCAUUAACACUGCUGAGAUUUUGGGUGGGUUGGUAGAGGUUUCUACUCCAGAAAAGUGUGAAUUUACCCUGACAAAGGUAAAAGAUUUGGGAAGAAUUCAGGUAGAAGUAGCAGGCAUCCAAUGGUUGGUUUUCACACCAGAGAAGGAAGCUAUGAAGAACUAUGUCCAACUAUUUUUAGAACAACAUUCUCUAUUUCAGUGGCAUUGAUUACAGUCCCAAAGGAUGCCAAAGUUAGAUUGGGAACAAUUGUCCCUUUCCAUUUGGAUGCAAAGAGAGAAACUGUUGAUGCCUUCAGGGGACAUUCCUUCCCCCUGGAUCACAGUCUGUGUGCCUUGUUUGACAACAAAGAUUUUCACUUUGUGCAAGUGAUGGUAACCAAUGAGGGAGUAUCAGGCUCCAAGUACAAAUUGCAAGGUACUUGAAUGUUGAGUCCUGAGUCUAUGCUUUAAUUUCUUAGGUUUGCUCUUGUGUAUUAUGUAUUUGCAUCACUUCUCUACCUCCUACUACUUUGAAAGGUUUUAAAAAUAUGAGAAUAAAAUAGAGGUGCUAUUUUCAUGGUGCAAACUUUCCCACAUAAUGUGAAACCCCUUCCACCAACACUUAUGGGAGAAAACCUAGAACUCACUGAAGUGGAAGGCACCUAUGGUGGGGUAAAUCACAACUUUAGAGAAGCUUUCACCAUGUGGAAAUGGGGAUUAAAAGAAAACUAACGUGAUAAUAUUUUAUCAUUUUUGAAUGUUACUGGUACCAAUGAAAAUUAAAGUAAACAGGAAGUUAAUUAUUAGUUGAAGAAUAAGAGUCUAAUGUGAUAACCCAAAUUACAUCAGAAAACAGAGUUACAUUGUUUUUGUUAGUAUUAUACGAAAUGGCGGCUAACACUGAAAAUCUUCUUUGAUGUCAUUUUUCCUCUUUGGACUAAGGAGUUCUGAAGUAAAACCACACACCAAAAAUUGGAGUUGUGGAAUAUGUGAGAGAAAUAAUGUACAUGAGAAUACUGAACCAGUGUGAUAUUUCUAUUUCAGAUGGAAUUUAUUUUGAUAAGCUUUAAAGUAAAUUUCUGUUAAGAAAAAAA